CGAACGAAUUCUCGCACGUAUAUAUCUUCAUUUCUAAUAUUAUUAUUAUUAUUAUUAAAUACUCGUAAAUAGUAUUAAAUAAAAUGUACAGUUUUAAAUUAAUUUUAUUAUCAUUUUUCGGAAUUAUGUGCUGUGGCCAAUGUUAUAAUUUCUUAGGUGUGUUUCCGAUUCCUAUAAAAAGCCAUAUGAUCGUUUUUGCAAAACUAAUGAAAGAAUUAGCUAAAAAGGGACAUAAUGUUACAGUGAUAAGUACAUUUCCGGAAAAAAAUUAUCUACCGAACUACAGAGACGUGGAUUUAUCUGCAUAUAUACCAAAGAUGGUUGAAGUUAUGGUGAUAUCAGAAGAACAAUCUGACAGCAAGAUGGUUAGAUAUGUUGGACCUACAAUGACAUCAGCUUUUGCUGAUUUGGUAUGCGAAGGGCUAUCGUCACGACCGUAUCAAGAUUUUCUAAAGGAGAAUUUAACCUUUGAUGCCAUUAUACUAGAAAGCUUCAAUACCGAGUGUUACGUGAGCAUCGCACAUAAAUUUAAAGCACCUAUUAUAGGAUUCAGUUCUUCAGGAAUAUUAUCAUGGACUCAGGAACGUUUUGGAAUACCAAAAAUCCCAUCGUACCUACCGGAUAUUUUCCUAGGUUUAUCUGAUAGAAUGUCGUUUUUCGAAAGAGUAGAAAAUACAUUAGUGACUUUUUUCCAUAAUUUGUUUCACAAAUUUUAUAGGAUUGUUAAAGAUAAAGAGGUUGUGCGAAAACAUGUUGGUAGUGCCGCUGCGGCAAAUUUGGAGAGUUUAGUGAACAAUAUGAGUUUGUUUCUUGUCAGUACUCAUUUUACUUUGAAUUUGCCUAGGCCGUUUACUCCGAAUGUAAUUGAAGUUGGUGGAAUUCACAUUGAUGAACCGAAAGCUUUACCAAAGAACUUGAACAAAUGGAUAAAUGACUCACCUGGUGGCAUAAUAUAUUUCAGUAUGGGCUCAAUGACUAGCGGUCAAACCUUUCCCGAGAAAAGAGUCAAAGCAUUUAUAAAUGCCUUCGAUCUUCUCCCUCACAGGGUAAUAUGGAAAUGGGAAAAUAAAACUAUGGAAGGAAAAACUGACAAGAUUUUAAUACAGAAAUGGUUACCGCAAUUAGAUAUAUUAUGUAAUCCAAAUGUGAAACUAUUCAUAUCGCAUGGAGGUAUGCUUGGCAUUAUGGAAGCAGUUUACUGUGGAGUUCCUAUUCUUUUAUUACCCCAAUAUGGCGAUCAGCAUAACAACGCUAAGAGUUUGGAAGCUACCGGUGCAGGAGUUAUACUUCGUCUUAGCGAAGUUACCAAGGAAACUGCUUAUCGAGCUAUGCUGAAAGCUCUACGGUUAAGCAAUGAAAUGAAAGCUCUUUCGAAUCGUUUCAAAGAUAGGCCAUUACCUCCAUUAGAAACUGCUGUGUAUUGGACGGAAUAUGUUGUGAGACAAAAUGGCGCCCCUUUUAUGAAGACUGCAGCUGUUGAUAUGCCAUUUUAUCAGUAUUAUUUGCUGGACGUGUUAUUAUUUAUAUUUAGCAUUCUAUUUUUAGUCGUUUAUAUUUUAUUUUUUAUUAUUAAAUUUAUCUUGAGUAAAUUACAAUGUACAACAAAAGUUUAUAAGCAUAAAAUGUCGUAGGUUUAAUCUAAUUAGAAUUAUUUUAUGUUGUUUUAAAAAUAGUAGAAUUUUAGGUGUAUCUAAAUUAUUAUUUUUUUACUAAUUAGCUCAUAGGAAAAUUUCGAAUCAUUAACGUAUAGUUUUAUAUCAGUUUUCACUUUAAAUUGACUUAUUUUCAUGUGUUGUUUUUAAAUUAAAAAUAAAGAUGUAAACAGAUCGUCUGGAAAAAAAAUGCAUAAAAAUAAUUACUUUCAAGAUAAGUAAUUAAUAACAUUGCGGUUAGGUAAACAAUUCGUUUGAAAAUUACACAAUAAUAAUAAUAAUAAUAAUAAUUUAUUCACAUAAAAACAAUAAAUACAUACUUAUAAAACUUGUGAUACAAAAGAAAAUUAAUGGUACCUAUGUGAAUAAAAGAAAACUUACGAGACAUAAAAUGUCUGUGUGUAAGCAUGCUUUUGCAUAAUAAAAUAAAAUAAACAGACAUAUAUAGAUUAAUGAUUAAAAACAUAUUAAAACUAAAACUAAAAUUAA